AUUUGGACAAGCAGCAAAGGCAAACAAUGUUGAUUCAGCCAGAGGCAGAAGAACAAACAAGCAGAGAUUUCUUGAACAACAUAACUCCAGGAUCACUAUACAGACUAUGAGUAACUUUAAACAAAAUGAAACUAGUACAGAGUUAAUGAAAUAAAAUGGAGUGGAUGUGAGCUUAAAAUUAAAAUAUGUGCAGUUUAUAGGUGAUUAUACAAGGAUGCCAUUAUAAAAGCGACCAUCAUGUCUCAAGGAAAGCCUAUAAAGAUAACAGUGAAGGGGGCCAACCUGGAUGAUGUCAACAUACAGGAGCUUGUCCAGAAACAACUUGCUGCUGCAGGGAAAACUAACAUGAAAGUUAAGUCCAUAAAUAUAAAGAAAGCAGACCCACCUCCAAGGGUGAUGACUCCUGUUGAUGUAUCAGGAAAUAAUGCAAGGUCGCAGUCCAGGGGAACAUCUAGGUCAAGCACCAGCACAGUGCAUCCACACCAGGUGGAAAUUAAACCUGUUCUUAGUGUUCAAACAACCACAUCAAAUCAGGAUACUAAUAUACAACCAUCAUAUAAUUCUGUACAACCCUCAAAUGGUGGGGUACAACCCGUAACUACUGUGGCACAACCUACAAUUGCACAACCUAGUGCUAAACCAACUGCUGUUGUGCAUCCAACACAACAAGCAAGACCAGCCACUUCCAAACAGACAACUCUAACCAAUCACAAUGUAAGACUAAACAACAGUGAAAUAGUCAACACAAAUGACACCAGUGCACUAGUGGAGGAUUAUGGUGUGAGAGCCUCUGGAUAUAAAGUUCCUGAUAACAUCAGAGGAAAUAACAAAGAAAAUAAAACAACUGUGAAAAGUGGAUUAGCUGUUGCAGCAAUACAUUUACAAAAACCAUUUGGGGAUAAAACAGAUUUGAUAUUUAAUAUCAAAGACCAAUCUAUAUUUGUGAUAAACUUGAUUGCAUCAUUGGUCGAUUUAAUUAUCGAACCUCUCUGGUUGCACUACAAAGUAACCUGCUUUGUUUUAGGAAUCAUAGAGACUGUGCUUCAAGCUACCAUCUUCUUUUCAUCAAAGCUCACUUUUCUUCAAGGGAAAAUUGGAAGUUUGCAAAAUCGUCUGGGAUUGUACCAGAAUAUUCUCCAUGAAGUCCUGUUGUAUCCAAUGAUUGUAUGUAAUAUAUUUGGGAUAGUUGCUCAGAAAUCGUACGAGCCAGAAUCUGCCAUGGAUUACAUAGGAAUAAUAUUGCUAUCAUUUGAUAUCUUUGAUCUCCUAUUUACAUACAUUGUCCGCAUGGUCCUUGCCUAUAAACUCCUGGAUGAUCUCCGAUUGACAAUUCCAAUGACAAAGGAAAAUGAAGGAAGGAUUACUUGGCUGGGUGGGAUAUUUCCUCGUUUAUACUGGACUCUUGUUGGCAACACAAUAUUCUUCACCAUGAUGAUGAUUAUGCUAUCUCUACAGAUUCAUCAAGUGAAUUACAUUGAUGAAGAUUUCCGAGCCACCUGGGAUGUCUGGUUCAUGAUCUUGAUUACAGUUGUACUUCCUGUAUUGAGCAUAUUCUUAUUUGUUUUCAUCAACAGUUUCUGGGUGAACGAGGCUAUGAUAUACAUUGCUAGACAUGUGGCAAAUAAUACAGAGUUUCGAGACAACCUGGAAGAGGAAUAUGCAGACAUUACCAAAGAAAGUGUCUCAUUUAUUGUUAAAAACACAGUAGCAACUGAUUCUAGAUUACAGAACAUCAGAGAUGCUAGUCUCACCCAGAAAAUAUUCCAUGCUUCCGACGACCCAUUUUCAAUUGUUUUAAUAAUAAUAUGGAUAGGACUUGUUGUUACAUUUGGGAUUAUCUUCCAGCCAUAUACAACAGUUAAUGAAGUUGGUCUAACAAUGUUAUAUUUUUUCAUAGCAUUUUUGGUCAACUUUCAACUGUUUUCAUUUGUGUUUGUGAUUAUUGUCUCAUUUUGCCAUUGGUUGUUCACAUGUUGCUAUGGUUGCAACAGUUAUUCCUACAGCAACAGGUCAUAGCGAAGAGUCAACUGAAAACCAACAUGACAUGAUAAUCAAACCAUAUUAUAGUAUUUUAAAUUCAACAUUUAAUGCUGUUUACCAUAAAUGGUGCAAACAGCUAUAUAUGCCCCAAAAUGUUGCAAAUGUUUAUAUGCAUACCCUAGAAGGGUCUAAACUAUAGCCAAGCUCAAAAAUGGGCCAAAAUACAUUUAAUAUUUUUCUAGGGAUGGUCAAUAAAUCCAUGGACUUUCAAGUUCAUGAAAAAUCAGAUUUAACCUUCUUUUGACUUUUUUUGACAAGUCUAACAUCAACUAAAAUAAGAAUACAUUCUAUUCCCACUAUUUUUGGCUUACAUUUAAUUGAACCUCAGGCAUUUCUUAACAUUUUGAG